AAUUUGAUUCAGUUUGAUUGAAGAAACAAAAUCAAGCACAAAAAUGGCAAGCCACCAAAAUCAGGAUUUGAGUCACAAGGCAGGCGAGUUGACUGGUCAAGCUCAGGUAAAGAAAGACGAGUUUCUAAAUCAGGCAUCAGAUAUGUCUCAAUCUAUUCAGAAUAAGGCAUCAAAUGCAUCUCAGUCCGUCCAGAAUAAGGCAUCAAAUGCAUCUCAGUCUGUCCAAAAUAAGGCAUCAAAUGCAUCUCAGUCUGCUCAGAAUAAGGCAUCAAAUGCAUCUCAAUCUGUCCAGAAUAAGGCAUCAAAUGCAUCUCAGUCUGCCCAGGACAAGACUUCCGAUGCAUCUCACACUGCCCAAGACAUCAAGGACCAAGCCACCAAUCUCCUUCAACAGACAAGUGAGCAAGUGAAAAACAUGGCUCAAGGAGCAGCUGAAGCAGUUAAGAGCACUUUAGGAAUGAACAACCCAAACGACCCAAACAGUAACCCAAGCAACGCAAACAUGAGCCCAAGCAUUAACCCAAGCAACCCAAGGAUUUGAAGUGCUUUCUUCAAUAAUGCUAGCUUUGCCUUCACUCGCAUCAAAAGUUUCGAUGACGUGGUGUCAUGGCAAUUAGCGCUGUGGAAAUGGCUAUGUUUCGUUUUCUUUCAGAUGCAACAUAUUGUAUUUUUGUUCCUUUGUGUUUUGGUUUUUGGUUAAUAAAAGAAGACGUCCAUAUUCCUUCUUUGUUAAGAGUGUUGUGAAAAUGGAUUAAUGUUAAGAAAAUA